UUGAUAUUUCAAACAAUAUAUUGUAAUGAUUAUUAGUCGUGAGGCGACCGUCAAGAUGAAAGCAGUGGCCAAGUUCAGUCUCAGUUUCCUAGUGCUCGUCAGUGUGAUCUUCGGACUCUCCACUGCCCAGACGCAGCUCCGAAGGCAGUAUGAGCUAAACCGGCGAACACCGGGCAGUGGCCCCGCGGUACGCAACCGUGAGCCUGCCGCGUCCGACGCACCAGUCCGCAGCCCAGUGCGUCAGCAGGGCCCGGUACAGGCGUCCGCCUCGGACGAGAUUGAUCCGGAGCUGUCGGAAAAUUGUCCUGAGCCGAACGGAUACUUUGCAGAUGCGGAACAGUGUGACAAGUACUACCAGUGCCGCGAUGGACAGAUUACGGAGAAACUGUGCCCGGACGGUAUGGUGUUCAACGAUUACGACUCCGAUCAGGAGAAGUGCGAUCUGCCCUUCAACAUUGACUGCAGCAAACGCCCGAAGCUCCAGACACCCAUAGCGUCCCUGCACUGCCCCCGCCAGAACGGUUAUUUUGCCAGCGAGACUGGUGCGUGCGAUAAGUUCUACUACUGUGUGGACGGUAUGUUCAACAUGAUCACCUGCCCGGAAGGGUUGGUGUUUAAUCCACGCACCGGCAUCUGCACCUGGCCGGACGAGGCCCAGAAGAAGGGCUGCUCGUCGGAGGACGUGUUCAAGUUUACCUGCCCGAAGGUGAACGAAACCGAGGGAGCUACGCAUCCUCGCUAUGCCGAUCCGGACGAUUGUCAGUUCUUCUACGUGUGCAUCAACGGUGAAACACCGCGCCGCAACGGGUGCAAACUCGGACAGGCGUUCGACGAUGUGGCCAAGCACUGCGAGUGGGCCCGAAAGGUGCCAGAUUGUGCCGACUGGUAUAAGGAUCGUCUUACCGACAAGCAGCUCGAGGAGCUGGAAAAUCCACCGACACCCAAGCCGAAGCCUGCCAACAGCCCGUCGAAGGUUUCCCGUCGACGUCCGUCCAAGCGACCGAAGCAACCGGUUGAUGAUUCGGAAUAGGCAGGCCCACAUCCGUGUGACUCGUCCAGCUUUUAGUUUAGUCACAUUGCAUUGCCAACGGGCAUGUUCUUUCUUGUUUAGGGAGGGCUAAUAAUUGUUAACUCCACCAAGCUGGAGCUGGAUGAAGUAGAGCAAGGGGAAAAAUACUCGCGUGUCUUUGUGUGUAUGUAUGUGUGAAGUGUUUCAGAUGAUGUGUUGAAUAAAAGUAUUUUAAUCCUUUAAAA